CCCAGAGCAGCAGCAGAGACCAGACUCUCCUGAACCUGAACCAGCUGUGUGUCCAUCAAGAGCCACCAGUCCAUGGAUCCACCUUAAGUGUUUAAAGGACAGCUUCCUGCAGAGACUCACAUGUAACCACGAUGACGGCGGUGGACCUUUUCAACACUCUGGAGGAUUUAAGAGAAGAUGAAUUUAAGCAAUUCAAAUGGUUUCUGCAGCAGCAGGACAUCCUGGAAGGCUACCAAAGCAUCAAAGUGUCCAAGCUGGAGAACGCAGAAAGACAGGACACAGUGGAUGUGAUGGUUAAAACCUUUCAACUUCAUGGAGCUCUGAAGGUUACCAAGAAGGUUUUAGAGAAGAUCAACAGGAAUGAUCUGGUCCAGAGUCUGCCAGACACCAGCUCAGGACCAGAAGAGUCAGUGAAUGUCAAUGAUGCUGGAAAGGCUUCAGAGAACAGAGGAACUCCCUCCUCUCAGAGCAAAGACGGGAUUGUUCCAGUACCAAAGCCACCACGACACAUCUCAUAUUAUCAACAAAAGCUUCAGCCAAACCUCCAAAAUGAGUUUUUGUGUGCACAAGAGGGGUGGGCACAAAAUAAAGAUGGGCGACCUCUGGAUGAUAUCUACACAGAUCUGUACAUCAAAGCUACUGGUGACGUACACAUCAACACACAGCAUGAGGUCAGGCAGAUUGAGACAGUGAAGCCAACAGAUACAGAGACAACAAUUACACCUUGUGACAUGUUCAAACACCCUUCUGUAAAAAAGAGACCCAUAAGAACAGUACUGACCAAUGGAAUCGCAGGAAUUGGAAAAACAUUUCUUGUGCACAAGUUUGUGUUGGACUGGGCUGAAGGAAGAGCCAAUCAAGAUGUGCAUCUCGUUUUCCCCUUCACCUUCCGCCAGCUGAAUUUAAAGAAGGGAGAAAAGUGGUGUUUGGCAGAGCUCAUUCAUGAAUGUAUCUGGGAGACCAGAGACAUCAAGGAAGAAGCUCUUAAUCACAUUUUUACAGCUCUGCAGUCAUCAGGAAACACCAACUAUGACAGGAGUGAAUUCAAACUUCUGUUUGUUUUGGAUGGACUGGAUGAGAGCCGCCUUGAUCUGGACUGCUCCACCAAUAAAAACCAGACAAUUAAAAUUGAUGUGACAGUGCCGACCUCAGUGGACGAGCUGCUGACAAACCUCAUCAAGAAGAAACUUCUUCCCUCUGCUCGCAUCUGGAUAACCACACGACCUGCAGCAGCCAAUCAGAUCCAUUCUGAUUUUGUAGACAUCAUGACGGAGGUCAGAGGGUUCACUGAUCCACAGAAGGAGGAGUACUUUAGAAAGAGAUUCACAGAUCAGGAGCGGGCCAGUAGAAUCAUCUCCCACAUCAAGACAUCACGAAGCCUCCACAUAAUGUGCCACAUCCCAGUCUUCUGCUGGAUCACUGCUACAGUUCUAGAGGAAUUGAUCAAAACCAGAGAGGGAGGAGAGCUGCCCAAGACCCUGACUGAGAUGUACGCAGAAUUCCUGGUGUUUCAGAUUCAUCAGACAAAAGAGAAGUAUGACCCAGAAGAGUGCAUUCAGUACAUUGAGUCAUUAGCAAAACUGGCUUACCAUCAGCUGGAAAAGGGCAACCUGAUCUUCUACGAGAAGGAUCUAGAAAAGAGUGGCAUUGACGUCAGUGGAGCCUCGGUGUGCUCGGGAGUGUUCACAGAGAUCUUCAAAGAGCAACGUGGGAGGAAGGAUGAUAAAAAAAAGAUGUUUAGCUUCAUCCAUCUGAGUGUUCAAGAGUUUCUGGCUGCUCUUCAUGUAGAGAGCGAAGUCAUUAACAGAAACAAGAAUGUGAUGUUCGGGCAAAGUAUCUUCAAAAAAGUGUGGGAAGUUUUCAGCAGAACAUCAACAACAGAGGUCCAAAGGUUUGCUAUUGACAAGGCCUUACAGAGUCCAAUCGGCCACCUGGACUUGUUCCUUCGCUUCCUCCUGGGUCUUUCUCUGCAGACCAAUCAGGAUCUUCUCAAAGACCUGCUGGCUCAGACAGGAAGUAGCUCACAGACCAAUCAGGAAACAGUCAACUAUAUCAAGAAGAAGAUCAGUGAGAAUCUGUCUCCAGAGAAAAGCAUCAAUCUGUUCCACUGUCUGAAUGAACUGAAUGAGCAUUCUCUAUUGGAGGAGAUCCAACAGUACCUGAGUUCAGGAAGUCUCUCCACAGAUAAUCUGUCUCCUGCUCAGUGGUCAGCUCUGGGCUUCAUCUUACUGUCAUCAGGAAAAGAUCUGGACGUGUUUGACCUGAAGAAAUACUCUGCUUCAGAUGAGGCUCUUCUGAGGCUGCUGCCAGUGGUCAAAGCCUCCAAAAAAGCUCUAUAAGUGCUGAGUGGCUGUGGUCUGUCAGAGAGAAGCUGUAAAGCUCUGUCCUCAGUUCUCAGCUCAGAGUCCUCCCGUCUGAGAGAGCUGGACCUGAGUAACAAUGAUCUCACGGAUACAGGAGGGAAGCUGCUUUCUGCUGGACUCGAGCUUCCACACUGUAAACUGAAGACUCUCAGGCUGAGUGGCUGUAACCUGUCAGAGAGCAGCUGUGAAGCUCUGUCCUCAGUUCUCAGCUCCAAGUCCUUUAGUCUGAGAGAGCUGGACCUGAGUAACAAUGACCUAAAGGAUGUAGGAGGAAAACUGCUUUCUACUGGAGUGAAGAGUCCACACUGUACACUGGAGACUCUCAGGCUGAGUGGCUGUAAUCUGUCAGAGAGAAGCUGUGAAGCUCUUUCCUCAGUUCUCAGCUCCAAAUCCUCUAGUCUGAGAGAGCUGGACCUGAGUAACAAUGACCUAAAGGAUUCAGGAGGGAAGCUGCUUUCUACUGGAGUGAAGAGUCCACACUGUACACUGGAGAUUCUCAGACUGAGUGGCUGUAACCUGUCAGAGAGAAGCUGUGAAGAUCUGUCCUCAGUUCUUAGCUUAGAGUCCUCUAGUCUGAGAGAGCUGGACCUGAGUAACAACAAUCUGAAGGAUUCAGGAGGAAAGCUGCUCUCUGCUGGACUAAAGAAUCAAUGCUGUAAACUGGAGACUCUCAGUUUGUCAGGCUGCCUGAUCACAGAGGAAGGCUGUACUUCUCUGGCCUCAGCUCUGAGCUCCAACCCCUCCCAUCUGAGAGUGCUGGACCUGAGCUACAAUCAUCCAGGAGACUCGGGAGUGAAGCUGCUUUCAGCUAGACGGGAGGAUCCACAUUGGAGACUGGACACUCUAAGGCUGGACCAUGCUGGAGAGCAGUGGCUGAACCCUGGUCUGAGAAAGUAUUCCUGUGACCUCACAGUGGACACAAACACAGUGAACAGAUACCUCAAACUGUCUGACAACAACAGGAAGGUGAUAUGGGUGAAGGAGAAGCAGCCAUAUCCUGAUCAACCAGAGAGGUUUGACCACUGGUGUCAGCUGCUGUGUAGAGAUGGUCUGACUGGUCGCUGUUACUGGGAGGUCAAGAGGAGCGGAAGGGUUUAUAUAUCAGUUAGUUACAGAGGAAUCAGGAGGAGAGGAUACAGUGAAGACUGCAGGUUUGGAGAUAAUGAUCAGUCCUGGAAUCUGUUCUGCUCUGAUGGUGGUUACUCUGUCUGGCACAAUAAAAGAGAAACACACCUCUCCUCAUCCUCUGUCUCUGAUAGAGUAGGAGUGUAUGUGGACUGUCCUGCUGGCAUUCUGUCCUUCUACAGAGUCUCCUCUAACACGCUGACCCACCUAUACACCUUCAACACCACAUUCACUGAACCUCUUUAUCCUGGAUUUAGGUUUGGGUUUGGGUUGCAUGGUUCAGUGUCUCUGUGUUCUCUGUAGGAUGGAAAGUCUCCUCCUGUGCACAGAAACACUCACACUGCUGACCAACACACACAAUCUCUUUGUAAAUCAAACUCAAAAUUAUAAGAGAACAACACAUUAAAGGAGUCACUAAUAUAUACACUUCAUAAUAACCGCCACUAAUUAAUGGUAAAUUGAUAGUUAAACUUUAGUUAGGCUAAUGGUUAUUUUACUGUCAACAAACAAUGAAAUGAUGAUUUAUAAUGUGUACUAAUAAUUAGUGUUAACUUAAGUUUAGUUAACUAUCAAAUUAUAAUUUUUUAGCAAUGGUUGUUAUAAAGUUUUACCAAAUAGAAUGACUCACUGCACGGCUGUGGUUUGAAAUACCUUUAAAUAUGUUUCCUUUCAGGUUUUUGGGGCACUUCUGUGAAACUUUUUACUACAUUUGUUUAAAAACUUGAGCAAAGAUUAUCUUUACCUAAAGAUAGCUCAUCACACAGCGCCAAUGGUCUGAAACGGUACCCACUUUCUGUCUCCUAAAGGGGCGUGGCCUUGUUUGAAAGUGUAGUGAACGUUGUGUGGAUGGAUGAAAAGUUAUAUUUGUAUAGUUAAGUAAUUUUUCUCAGACAAAGUUAAUUUUCUCAUUAUGUGUCCGUCUCAAACAUAACAUUUUAGUGUCAGAAUGUUCUGGACAUAUGAAGCUAGUUGAAGAAAGUUUACUUUGGUGAUUACGGGGUGAAAGAAACGCUCAUAAUCUGUGUUCAUGUUCACUUCUCCCGUUGGAAUCAAUCCACUCAGGACCUGCAGCUAGUCUCCUAAAGAGGCACACAGACAGGAAAUAACUUUUGAGUUGGGGUAAACCGUCUCUUACUUUAGUAUAAUGUUUGCUUCAGAAAGCUGCUCUCCAUUGGUUUAGAUGGGUUUGCUUCCAGCUGGCAGCCAAUCAGGGUGUCAGCCUGCAGAGUGAAUAGCAGGAGGCAGCAGAUCCACAAAUACUGAAAUAUUCAACAUGGAGAGAAACACUGAAGACUAAAGAUCAAAAGUGGCACAUUAAAAAUUUGUUGCAGAUGUUUGCGUCCUCUGCAGCAGUUUAAACUUUUAAAUACAUAAAUAAAGGAAAUUAUGAGAUGGCUUUCUGUCUGGCUCAUUGAGCUUUUAAUCUCAUCUGAUGUCUGUAUUAAAAAACAGUAUAGCAAGAAAAAUGAUUUACAGUUUGAGUUUAAUCUGAGGAUUGUUAAAAUGAGAUGAUGUUUCUGUGAUUCUGUAAAGAAAGGCUUGUUAAAUCACUUUUAUUCUGAUUAUAAUGAAUGUAUUAAAUUGAACGUUUUUGAUUCAGUAAUGAAGAGAAAGAAAUAUAAAGUGAUCAUUUCUCUGCUGUUUGUUCACAGUGUAUGAAUAUCGUGAGAGCCAUUUGGGUUUAUGUUUAUUAUUUGUUGCUGUUAAACCUCCCGCCACCAGGGGUAGCCAGGGCGCUGUCCAUUUGGCUGGGCCAGAGGUGAUUUAAUCAAUGUAAUAUUGGGCACAGGUGGUGGCAGGAGAAGGGAGCAAACAGUUUUUUGACCGUGCAAUAUGGUAUGAGAAGGAAAGUGGAAUUAAUGCUUUUGUGUUUUGAUGUGUACACAUAUACAUGGACUCUAUGUAUGGGAAACUGCCUAAGUGUAAAAUAAAUGCUUACUGGCAAUGUUUGACAUUGGCUCACAUAGUGCACGCGUCUUAAAUAGUUAAAUUAUCCACCCAGCAAUCGUAGUGGACGUUUUUGAGUAGCAAAGGGUCCCUACAAAUAUGUUAAAGGGAAGAUCCACCCUAUAAUAAAAUGAUAAUUACUGUA